AUGAAGAUUAUGAAGGUGCUACCGUGUCCUGCUGCUCUUCUCUUCCUAGUGGCUGCAUUCAGUCUGGAGUCAUCUCACUGUGCCAAGGUGCUGAUCAUGCCCACCAUCGUCUUUGACAGCCACUUGCGAGUCUUCAUGCGAGUGGCAGAGGCACUGACUGACCGGGGCCAUGACCCCGCGCUGCUUCUUCACGAGGGUCGGAAUGUGGAAAACUACCUGCCCGGCUUCCGUGUGCAGAAGUACUGGGGUAUCUUCAGCACAGAGAGCGCAGAUGCCUGGGUGCAGGAGAAGAUAAAGCGUGUCUUCCAAGGGAAGAUGACCUCCCUGGAGAUGUUUUCCUUUCUGGAGAAGUACCUGGAAAACUGUGACCUAGUGCUGGGAAACUCUACCCUUCUGCAGAAACUCCAUCAUGAGCACUUUGACCUGUUGUUGGUGGACCCCAAUGAGAUGUGUGGCUUUAUCCUGGCCCACAUUCUCCAUGUCAAAUAUGCUGUGAUCUCCACUGGUUUCUGGUUCCCAGCAGAGAUUGGUGCAACUUCCCCCAUUGCCUAUGUCCCGGAGUUCAACUCCCUGAUGACAGACAGGAUGGGCUUCUUUGGUAGGACUUGGAAUCUCCUGGUCUACAUGAUCACUCGUGUGGCCACAAAGCUGGUCAUCCUGCCCAAGUUUGAACGUCUCAUGGAGAAGCACAGAGUGGAGCCAAAGACAUCCAUGUUGGACCUUGUCCAUGGAACUAGCCUCUUCUUCCUCUGUAACGAUGUGGUGCUGGACUUUCCCCGGCCAACGCUCCCCCAUGUCAUUUUCACAGGGGGUAUCCUCGCUGAGCCUGCAAAGCCCCUCCCAGUGGGUCUCCGUCUCUGGGUAGAAGCAGCAGAUGCUGGUGUUGUUGUUGUUUCCUUUGGCAUUGGGAUCCGAGAAAUGGUGGAGAAGAUGGCUGGCGCAUUUGCUCGCCUCCCGCAGAGGGUGGUGUGGAGAUACUUUGGGCAGAAGCCAAGAAGCCUGGGUGAGAAUACACUGAUGAUGGAGUGGCUGCCCCAGAAUGACCUGCUAGGCCAUCCCAAUGUGAGAGCCUUUGUCAGCCACUGCGGGAUGAAUGGUGUAUUUGAAGCAAUUUAUCACGGUGUGCCAGUGGUGGGAUUUCCUUUCUAUGGAGACCAGUUUGACAUCAUGACCAGAGUGCAGGCGAAGGGCAUGGGUAUCCUCAUGGAUUGGAGCAGAGUAAAAGAAGAGGAUCUUUACCAGGCUGUCGUCACAGUUAUCUCUGACCCCAGCUACAAGAAAGCGGCCAAGCUCAUCUCAGCUUUGCACCUGGACAGACCAAUGCAUGCUCUCAACAGGACAGUGUACUGGCUUGAGUACAUCCUUCGUCACGAUGGGGCACCCUUUCUUCGCCCUGCUGUCUAUGACCUCUCCUUGUAUGAGUACUUCUGCCUGGACAUCUUGGCUCUUCUCUUGCUGUGUCUGGCUGGUAUUGGAUUUGUCAUCUACAAAUCUGUGGUGUGGUGCAGAAGGAAGGGGGCCAGUCCUGUGUAUCAGAAUGGCAAUUGCGUGAAAGGCCACUUCACAGAAGAGAAGAAAUUGCAGUAG